AUGCAAUGGAUUGAGGACACCGCAGCGCACAAUCGCUCCCCAGCAUACCUACAGGACGUCGCGCAGACGCGCAUGACUACGUACAUGGGCUUCGUGAGCUUCACGAUACUAGUAUGGGACCACAUAAUAACCUUCGGAGAUGAGGUAUAUCCGCGUAACUAUGUGGGUCAUGUUCAAGCUGACAAGUAG